AUGGUUUCCAACUCGUCCAUCAAGCUUCUUAUGUUCCUUGCUGCCUUGGUUCUCGCGGCCAUGGUUCCCGCCCUGGAUGUCUCAGAGGAUCUUGGCAAUAUCUACGAUGAUGACCACCUGCUGGGCAUUCCUACUUUUGAUGAGCCUCGCGCUUUGGCCCCCCGCUGUGGAUUCGUAACCGUUACUGUUACAGACACUGUGUGUGCUCCUCCUCCGCCCGUGGCCACUACUUCUCAAAGCACGGGUACCACUCCUGGAGCCCCGGGUGCUCCCCCGGCCCCUACUGUGACCACCGUUUCUGAGACUACUGUGGUGACUGGUACUGCUCCUAGUGGCACUGGCCCUGCCGGCACUAACCCUACGGGCAAUGCUCCUACUGGUGCUGGCUCCACUGUAGUUGGCCCUAUCACCACCGCGACUGGAACGACUCUAUCGACUGGAACUCUAAGCAGUUCUUCUACCGGCACUCUUUCCCCUUCAGUCUCCACAAAGCCUUCUAGCAUGUCCAGUACUGCUCACCCAACUAUCUCCCAGUCUACAGGGAAAGCUGGUACCACCGCCACUACCAGUGGCAGUCAAACAUCUACCGUUGCCCCGACUUCGAAUGAAGCGGUUGUGCAGGGAAGAAUGAGGAACGUUUUGCUGGUCCUGGCAAUGACCUUUGUUGGCUUCCUGAUGAUCUGA